AUGCCUGCCCCUGAACCUUCCAAGUCCUUAGACAAUUCGUGCACUGUCGUUUACAAUGGCACGCUUUACUCCUAUUCACCUGAAGGUUUCGUGUCAAUUCGCCUUGAGGAUGGCGCGAAGUGGAAUAUUCUUGACUCUGGCGUGAAAGUCACGGGUGCAAGUUGCGUCGGCAGCGCCAGACCGAAAAACAUUGAUCCAGCUUUCUUCGUGGUUGGUGGCCAGGCAGACUCCGAGGACUAUCCUGGUUUACAAAAGUUUACAUAUUCGACUGGAAAAUGGUCCACGGUUCAACCUACCAAUAUGGUCACAAAGCACCGGCAAUGGCAUUCGUCAACCUACAUCGAAGCAACCGACACAAUUCUGGUAUUUGGUGGGAACCAAGAUGGAAAGAGUGGCCCGUCGGCAGACACAUUUAUAAUACAGGCUUCAGAGCCUUAUACUGUCACCAUACCUCCUCCUCCGGCAGUGCCGUCUAAUCAGCCCCCAGCCAGCUUGCGCCCGAUUCUCGCCUCGGCAACCGAUGCAGACGUGAUUCUGGUAGGAGGCGGUGACAAUCCUGACAAUACAAAGGUGUACUGGUUUAGCGUGGGAGGCAAUUGGCGAUAUACUGACUGUAGUCUAGCUGAGCCUAUCAAGAAGGAUACCAGCUCAAUACAGGGAACAGUCGUCUCAGGAGAGGAUGGGUCGAAGAACUUGAUAUUGUUUGAUCUAAGCCAAUCACCAAACCAGGUCUCUCGUGUGGUUAUACUGGAUGGCAAUGGAAAGUCCUUGACUAACUCACCUGUCAUAACCUCUCGCGAUGUCGACAGGGACAAGCGCGAUCUGACUUUGGCUAAUUGGCCAAAGUACAACUCUUCUUUGGCGCCAAAGGAAACGAGGGAAAACUAUGCAAUGGCACGAGGCCCUAAUGGUAUGGUUGUCUUUUCCGGAGGCAACCCCAAAGAUUCCAUCGCAUUAUUUGAUACGGCGAAUAACGGUUGGAUCAAUGCCACUACCUUCUUUGACAGCACACAGAAGGUUCUCUCGAGCACUUCUACCACGUCUUCAGCAACCUCGACCUCUACAUUAUUCACAUCAACUUCAUCAAGUUCUGUCGCUGCUGCGACCUCUACCACAGCAGCAGCUUUGCCCCCGGUAUCCGACACGCCGGAGGAUUCGGGUCCUAGCUCAAAUGCUAUUCUUGGUAUUACGCUGGGCUCUAUUGCGGGUUUCCUUGCGCUUCUAGGUCUUAUCCUGUUUUUGCUUCGGCGUCGCAGGAAACAGCUUGACCACACGGAAACGGGGAGACCGAGCCACACUCCAUCUGAAGAGAAGGACAUGUUCGCUUUUAACAAGAGCCCAUUGUCCCCACCUCCCCAUUUCAAGGGACACCGGCCACAAGCAUCGGCUGAAUCCUAUUCCUCUGUUGCUAUUCUCAUGGGCCGAAUGAAUAAGGAGAAAUCUGGACUGAGCAGGAAGCCAAGCAACGACACGGCACGUAGCUCUGUGAGCUCCUUGCAUAAACAACUUAAGAGUAAAAUCAGCAAACCUAUUCCUCAGAACAUGGUACAUCCAUCUCUGCAAAUUUAUGAGGAGCGUGGUGUAGCAUUUGAUCCUUCUGUGGCAGAACCUCGUCCUCGAAAUGGUCGGAUGGAAGCCAAUGAUGGUACACGUCGAAGCUCUGGUUGGAAUCGAUAUUGGUCUGGUGGCAGUGCCUUACAAAUCCUUGGGUUUGGCAGCGGCAAGAGGAACACCAUGACUUCCGAACAAAGCUCUCGGUACUCGGAUGUUACCAAGAACCCUCGCGCCACGCAAGACUCGGCAACGGUUCCGCCGCUGAACUUCGAAGGGCGACCAGCUGUAAACAGUGUUAACUCUGGCAGUCCAGUAGUUGCACAGUAUGUCAGCCAAAUGCCUUUCACUGAGGGUAUGUCUGGAACGAUUGAGCGACCUGUGUCGCCAGUAUCCUCAGGGUACUCCAGUGGCAUUCCGGAGAGUAUUAAUGAGAUAUGGGAUCCCAUGGAAGCUAGUAAACCAUGGGGGGCCAAUCGUGCUCCGAGCAGUGCAUAUGGACCUAGCUCAUAUAUGACAUCGGAAGCUCCUGGUGAUCCUCCGGCUGUGCAGCCUCCUUCGGGAGUCAGCAGGCAGCCGCAACUCGCUAUGGCGUCAACGUCUGAUAUGAGCUGGCUUAACCUUGGAGACCAAUCCCGGGUUUGA